AUGCGAACCCUCUACUUCUUCGCUAUGGCCUACAUCCUCAUGGCCGCCGUAGCCUGUCAGCCUCUUCGAGAAGCUAAAGCUGAGCUCGAAGUCAGCAGAAAGGCUUAUCGCAAGCCUCGUCAACCUCCCAAACUGCCCAGACCCGCCACUCCUAAGGUCAAACGUAGAAUCAAGAUUGUUUCGGAAUUUUUAUCCCACUUCACUAACCGUGAACGUGCUGCAUCAGUAGCAGCUCAAACCGAUAUCAAACCUCAAGAGUUCACCGCCUAUACUCGAUUCCAGCAGAGCCCAACAGCCAAGUUCGACGGAAUUGCCAAUCCUGCUCGCCCUGAAUCUUUGUUCAAGCCCAGAAAGAAGCCUUUCCGCUUCGGUGGUGACGAAGGUGGUUAUGUUGCUGAUGUCGAUCAUGCUGGUCAUAACGCAAAGCUCAACAACAGACCUCCUUUGUCUACCAAGCUUGGCAUUGGAGCAGACGCUUCUGGUGCUCGAGUUGAAGAAGAUCGCCUUCGUCUAUCCGCACAAGUUAAAGCGAUAGCACAUGCCAAACGUAAUACUGCGACCAAACGUGCUGUGAUCAUGAACGUGGUCUUAUUAAUCACGUCUGGGCUGAUGCUUUUGUUUAGGAGUAAGGUAGCUAACGCGGGCGAUGCUAACAAUCAAGCCAUGGCACACGCUUCAGAGAGUCAACAAGCCGCGAUGCAGCAAGCUGCUGCCGAAAGCGCUGCUCUUCGGGCUUCUGGCUCUGGUGGCAGCAAAAUUCAGCUUCGAAGUCUAUCCUCUGAGGACGUGGCAGCUCACGAUGCUUCUGUCCGAACCUCCCAACCGAAAGAUGAUAGGUCGCUACCCAAGCAGUCCGUUGUUCCGAUCAUCAAGUCCGAGAAAGCUGCUGACAAGGAAGAUCAGUCCAAGACACUUACAAAACGAUUCAAUCCCCUCGAGAUCAUUGAGAAUGCACUUCAAAAGUACACCCAAGAUAGUCGACGUCUUGUUGGUCCCGUUGUUGCAUGUAUCGUGAGCAUUCUCGGUCUGAUUGGCGCAGUCGUCUACUACGAGACGAAGAGUCAGAAGCCCGGUAAAGAUCAUUAUGGCAACAACACUGAGCGGGCUGAACCUACACCUUCACCACCGGCGCUACGCCUGAAGGAUGUUGACAACCGAGACGACUCGGCUUUCAUUCAAAUUUCGAAGGACGAAAAACUGCAUCACACCGAGCUUCGAAAGCGCUGGGACCCAGUCGCUGCCAUGAUAGACUGUUGGCAUGGAAGAGUCGAAGACAGUGGCCGCGUUGCAGUUGCUGUAAUGGAGAAUGCUCCUUCAGGUCCAAGAUUGCUACUCGUCAAAUUGUUCACAGGUGCCGCUGCUCUUCUUGGUGUCUCUGGUGCUAUAAUUUGGUAUGGCUAUAGACGUCAAUCUGACUCGACGCCCAAGCCUCAAGAGUCGAAGCAGCCAGAGACAGCUUCUGUCCCUGCACCCAAUCGACAGCUCUUUGCCGAAGUCCGCCAUACGAUGCUCAAGAAGCGCUCUCUUGACGUCGAGCCGGCUGCUCACGUUGACCUUCUAUCCGUCGAGCAAGGUAGACCUGCCCUGUUGAAACGCGAAGUCACCAACGAGAAGAUCAAACGGCUUUUGGUGCGAGGCAAGAAGGCCUACGAACUGGCUCCACGAGCAUUGCAGGCCGCCGAAGCUGGAGCUGCCAGCGACGUGCCAGUAUCUGAAGCCGGCCAUGUCGCCCCUGGAAUAGCAUCCAAGCUCGAUUCUACCAGAGCUGGUCUUUUUAAAGAAUCGCCCGCGUUGCACAACCUGCCUAGUCACUUGCAAGUCAGCAAGUCUACCGCGGAUGCAUCGGAAAGCCUACGUAUCCAGAAGCCGUUGGUGCCCUUGGGAUUGGAACAUUAUCAGACACCUCCAUCCCCAUCUAUCCCCUCGCCUGCGAUUGAUCGCGUAGAGGCCUUGGAAGAAGCACACACCGGCAAACAAACAGCUAUCGCUAUUGCACUCAUAGCCUCUUUAUUUGAAACCUUUAGCGUUCUUGCCUGGCAAUAUCUUCGUCACCCCCAUGAUGAGCACACUCCAUUUUAUCACCCCCAUGAUGAGAACAGUCGAUUUCAUCUCUGGAAGCAUCCUACGACGGUCAACAAACGAAGGUCUCUGCGCAGAGGUGACGAACAUCUCGAAACUCUGCAGCUCAAAGAUGGACACCUUGUCAAGCGGGCAAUCGGCGCUAUGGAGGUAGAAGGUCCAGCCGAGGAGACUCUCAGGCUGCUCGAUGGUGCGGAGAGAGAAAUGGAAAGACUUAGGUUUAGGAACGAGCUGCAACGGAGGCGGAGGCGAGAAGCCUUUCGAAAGGCACUUCGAUCUAAGCGAAUCUUAGGUGGCGGCAUCUUUGCUACUUUGUCUCUUGCGUCCUUGGCCACGCUUCACCAGAAGCUGGACGCAGCUAGAAAGCGAGAGCAAGCUGCGAAAAGCAAAGCUCGAGGGGCCACCAUCUAUCCGGUACGAGGGACUCCUCACAAGCGUGACAUAAAAUCUGUUGUGGUCGAACGUUUCGGCGGAGAAGGCGCUCGAUUGCUCGACCAUCCUGUGGGAGCCGAGUUUCCAAGAACCGAUGUGGCAGUUAGACGGCAUCCAGCGUUCUCGCCACGAUAUCGCAACAUUGUGAUUGGCUCAGCCAUCACGCUCGCUGCUGCGAUCCAAGGAACUUUCUUAUGGUUGGCAAUUCGAGCGCUGAAGAAGCAAACGCCAUCCCAGAGAGCUGCGAAACAGCAAGCAGAAGAAGAAAGACUACAGGCCGGAUUCAAACGCUCACGUCGGCCAGGUCAAUUGUCGAAGCGCAUGAUCUCGCGCGCUGCGAUCAGCCUCAUGGUUCAAGACUUCAAGAGCUUGGCCAACAAGGCACCGCUGACACCAGCCGAAAAGCUUGCCAGGGCAAAGAGGCUGCGCAAGUAUGCUCGGGUCGGAGCAGGCCUUGCAGCGGUCAAAGGCGUCGAGUCCUUCGUCGUUUAUGAGGUUCUCAAAAGCUACAAGGAGAACAAGCGAGUUAAGCAGCAGCUGCAAGAGAUCAAACAGCAGCAGCAGCAGCAGCAGACUUCUGGCUAUGUUGUCAACUCCUACUAUGCGCCGAGUCACAUUCUCUCCAAAAGGUUUAAGAUCUACCCUGUCGAACCACACGUACUAGCCCAUACCCAGGAGAAUGCAGGCCCCCGGACAAACGAGGUCUGGAGGGAGGACCUGUUCCUCCGUUUCAUAGACUGGAAAUGGACCCGCCGUGUCGCGAAGGUAGGAGAAGUCGUAGCCUUCUUGGGCACUGCCAUUGGCCUUACUUAUGCCGAGGAGGCGCUCGAGAAAAAGCUCUCCGGCAAGAAGGAAGACCCGAACGACGGUGCUUCUGUUGGCUCCUCCCACAAACGUGAUCUGUCGUCGCAGGCACAAAAGGAGGAGUCUCAUGAGCUUGCCAAGCGGGAGCCUGCUCGUGAUGGCCUUGUCGAGGCUGGCAUACCGAAGACGGUGCCACACAACCCUGCCUCAGGUCGUCAGGCCGAGUUUUCUCAAGCUGCUUCUUCAACCCGUCUCUGCUCUAAGAACCCGGUGAACAGACUCAAGCUCGAGAAGACCAAGUCGGCGGUUGAUCUGGUUACGGAGCGAUCCGAAGGACGACACAAUCUGAGGAAGCGUUCGAUGUCUCCAACAAACGACGGUGUACCAGCGGGAGCACGCUCACGUCAGCCAGGUCAAUUGUCGAAGCGCAUGAUCUCGCGCGCUGCGAUCAGCCUCAUGGUUCAAGACUUCAAGAGCUUGGCCAACAAGGCACCGCUGACACCAGCCGAAAAGCUUGCCAGGGCAAAGAGGCUGCGCAAGUAUGCUCGGGUCGGAGCAGGCCUUGCAGCGGUCAAAGGCGUCGAGUCCUUCGUCGUUUAUGAGGUUCUCAAAAGCUACAAGGAGAACAAGCGAGUUAAGCAGCAGCUGCAAGAGAUCAAACAGCAGCAGCAGCAGCAGCAGACUUCUGGCUAUGUUGUCAACUCCUACUAUGCGCCGAGUCACAUUCUCUCCAAAAGGUUUAAGAUCUACCCUGUCGAACCACACGUACUAGCCCAUACCCAGGAGAAUGCAGGCCCCCUGACAAACGAGGUCUGGAGGGAGGACCUGUUCCUCCGUUUCAUAGACUGGAAAUGGACCCGCCGUGUCGCGAAGGUAGGAGAAGUCGUAGCCUUCUUGGGCACUGCCAUUGGCCUUUUUUAUGCCGAGGAUGCGCUCGUGAAAAAGCUCUCCGGCAAGAAGGAAGACCCGAACGACGGUGCUUCUGUUGGCUCCUCCCACAAACGUGAUCUGUCGUCGCAGGCACAAAAGGAGGAGUCUCAUGAGCUUGCCAAGCGGGAGCCUGCUCGUGAUGUCGUCGUCGAGGCUGCGCCGAGUGACAUCCUCUCGAAAAGGGCUAUCAUCCGCCCUGUCGGCGCAGCUGAAAUAACGGCUGCGGAGGAGCAUGCAGGCAACCCACUAUACGAGGCCUGGAAGCAGAAAACGAUCUACCGUCUCAAGAUAGCCGGCUAUGUAGUAGCAGCAUUCGUAAGCGCCGUGGCCGCUGCCUUUGGCUUAAGAUAUAUCGCUCGCAAGCUCGAAGGCAAGAAGGAAAACCCGAACGACGGUGCUGUUGUUGAUCCCUUCCACAAACGUGAUCUGUCGUCGCAGGCACAAAAGGAGGAGUCUCAUGAGCUUGCCAAGCGGGAGCCUGCUCGUGAUGGCCUUGUCGAGGCUGACUUACCGAAGACGGCGCAGGUGAACUGGCUCAAGCUCGAAAAGACCAAGUCGGCGGUUGAUCUGGUUACGGAGCGAUCCGAAGGACGACACAAUCUGAGGAAGCGUUCGAUGCCUCCAGCAAGCGAUGGUGUACCAGCGGGAGCAGCCUUGAUACGGAUCUUGCGUCAAGUUGCCAUUGGAUCUCGACAAAAAGGUCUUAUCAAUCCCGAUCCGCACCAGUUUCAGUCCUCGUCGGACGACUCGAAAUCUCGUAACAAACACACAGCCUCUGCAGUGCCGUUGUUUCUGAUCGCUGAAGUUGCCAAGAGUUCCGCCUGGCGGGAAAAGAUCCGCAAGCUCCAGCGAAAGUAUGCAGAAGACGCAGAUGACGAUAAGCGGCAGGAGUACCACAGCAGCCACCAUGGAUCGUUGAUGAAGCGCAUGGAGCAGUCAUACCUCUCUGGCGUUUUUCUUGCUACUUUGGCAGCCAUGACAGGUCACAAGGCCAAGGACGACGUUGAUCAGCAUGCUCCAUCAAACGCUGUUGCAGGUCAGAGACGAGAGCAGCAGCAAUCGCUUAAUAAGCGUUCCACCUCAUCAGGCUCGAAACUGUAUGUUUCAUUUUUCGGUGGAUUCCUCUUACUGAAAGGCAUUAAUGCUGCCGAAGCUAUCAAGGAGCAUAAUCGGAAAAACAAGCAUGAUGAAAGCCCGUAUUAUUCGACUUAUCCUGCUCCUCGACCUCUCUAUCAAAACACACCUCGUUCUGAGUACACACAAUCUUUCUGA